UAAUUGGUGAGCACCAGACUACCAUACAGUCUUAGCCCAAACCAUUCCUAAAAGUGCACUUAAAAUUAAUCUAAGGAGGCUGGAGGAACAUUUGUGGAUUCCAUUGACCAAAAAGCUUCAUUUGACGGAUCCAGGAGAGAGCCUUUCUGCUACCGAAAUGAUUGCCUUCAUUAUCUUGCCAAUUCUUGCUGCAGUGCUGCAACAGUCUUCUGGAAGUGUUGAUUUUGAUUCUGAGUCACCCAGGAAACCAGAAAUACAAAACGAGAUUGUUGACUUGCACAAUUCUUUAAGGAGAUCUGUGAAUCCAACUGCUAGCAACAUGCUAAAAAUGGAAUGGUAUCCUGAAGCUGCUGCUAAUGCAGAACGUUGGGCAUACAGAUGUAUUGAGAGUCACAGUCCACACGAUUCAAGAAUUCUUGGAGGAAUAAACUGUGGUGAAAAUAUAUAUAAGUCAUCUGUUCCUAUGAAAUGGACUGAAAUUAUUCACGCUUGGCAUGGUGAAAACAAAGAUUUCAAGUAUGGCAUUGGAGCAGACCCACCAAAUGCUGUAACUGGCCAUUUCACUCAGAUAGUUUGGCGCAAAAGUUACCGUGUUGGUUGUGCUGCUGCCUAUUGUCCUUCAUCGGAAUACAGCUACUUCUAUGUUUGUCAGUACUGCCCAGCAGGAAACAUCAUAGGUAAAACUGCUACUCCAUAUACAUCAGGACCACCUUGUGAGGAUUGUCCUUCGGCUUGUGACGAUGGACUAUGCACAAAUCCUUGCACACGAGUAGAUGAUUACGCGAACUGCAAAAGUUUGGUCCAACAAAUUGGCUGCCAGAAUGAACUGAUACAGUCAGGCUGCUCUGCUACUUGCUUCUGCUAAAAUAAAAUAAUAUAGUGGGCUUCCCAUUCAAUAUUUUUUUAUUUUUGCCGGAAAUAUCUUAAAAUCAUGGCAUCUUUUAGUAUCAGCAAAUUCUUACUUGACAUUUGAUUUCAUAUACUUUGCAUGAAUGUCCUAUGAAUGCCUAAGGGAAACAUCAGCAGGAGUAGAGGCUAGGGAUGAAAACUGUAAGUUCAAAGGGUCACAGGAAAAAUCACAAGCCUACGUAGCUUCAAAAAAGGUUGAUUAAAAGAAAAUACUGAAGGCCUGAAAAUAACAUUACCAAAAUUCUUUGCACUACAACUAUACCACAAGGAUUUCUUAAAUGCUUAUAUUAAAACUAAUCUAGAUAAAUGUAAUAAAUAAUUAAAUAAGCAAACAAAUAAAUAAAUUCUGUAGAAGAGCAAAA